AUGCAGCUUCCUUUCCUUGUCACCUUUGCCCUUCUUGUUACUGGCAGCCUUGCCUACAACAAUAACUGCAAGGGCUCCAGCAGAAACCUCAAUACGAAGGACUGCGACAAAGCCCUCAACAACAUCAACAAGGGCCUCACGUACAAAGAUCAGUCUCAGUUCUCUGUCGGCAACUGCUACGUAAUCUACGCCACCAACGGCUCCGGUGACAAGCGCGUCAGUGGUCAGAAAAUCUAUGACACUGCGAAGAAUAUUAUCGAUACCUGCUCCCACCACAAGGGGAGCUUUGGUACCGGGAACUGUGAUGCUUGCCAUGUUACGGUGAACUAUCGGGUUCCUAAGAGGAGGCUACAGGCCUUGGGAGAGGAGGCUGAGUUUGAGGACGAGGGGCUGGAGGAUGGGUUUGAGGAGGAGGAGUAG